AUGGCCGUAUCACCACGCAACACCGUGGAUAGACUGGAUCGGCCAAGCGCCUACUACCUGGGAAAGAACAAGAAGCGCAAGUACAGCCAAGAUGAACCGGAGAAGGUCGCAGAAGAACCAUCGGACAACUUAAAAAAUGCUACCACUCUUUAUGUUGGUAAUCUUUCUUUCUACACCACGGAGGAACAGAUCCAUGAGCUCUUCUCAAAAUGUGGAGAGGUUAAACGACUUGUGAUGGGGCUCGACCGAUAUACGAAGACGCCCUGUGGCUUCUGCUUCGUCGAGUAUUACACACAUCAGGAUGCGUUGGAUUGCUUGAAAUACGUUGGCGGCACUAAGCUCGAUGAGAGGAUUAUCCGGACGGAUCUUGACCCUGGUUUCGAAGAAGGGAGACAAUACGGUCGCGGUAAAUCUGGUGGACAGGUUCGCGAUGAAUACCGAGAAGAGUACGAUCCAGGACGUGGCGGUUAUGGCCGGGCUUAUGCAGAUGAUCAGAGACAACGGGAAGAAGAAGAAUACGGUAAGGGCAGGUAA